AUGGAUCGUGGCAGAUGGAUACCCUCAAAAGAUAAUAGUAACAAGAAACUUUUGUGCAAACACCCUUCCUACACCCUAAGUUCUGACGACACAACCUACAUGGCCAACCAGAAGAUCUUCUUAUGA